GCCGCCCUCUGCGCCGCCCCGGGGGUGGGGGGGGUACCGUGAAUUAAUUAAAAAAAAAAAAAAAAAAAAAAAUCGCUAUUUACGUGGUUAUUCAUCGCCCCGCUCCGGGCAUGUGAACAACCACCUCCUUCCCCUUACAAUCUUCCCCCCACCCCCACCCCCCCCGCCCCCUUCCCCCCUAAUCCAUCCACCCCUAGCGCCAUGCCGGCAGCCUGCACCCUGCUGCUGCUGCUGGGGCUGGUCCCGCCGGCCGGGUCGUUGCCCCUCGCUUCCCAACGGCGUCUUCCUCCUCUUCCUCCACCUCCUCCUCCUCCUUCUUCUUCUUCUCCUCCGUCCCGAAGCCGUCUCGGCCGCCCUUGCUCGCCUCCCGCCGCGGGACACGCCGGCAGCCCGGUCAUUGAGAGCAGCCAUCAGGCGAGAAGAAGUUUGGACACGGAGAUAAGGACUUCUGGUGCUCUCGUGGAUAGCGUGGAGCUGGUGCCGAUGCUGGCCGGGAGCGAGGAGCGGACAUCGCUGCCUGCCAGGCACAGUGCGGUGCCGGCGGCGAGUGGGGUCACGGGGCACAUUGGUCUCCCCGCCGGUGGUGGGGAUGUCACCCUGCCAGGAGAAGGACCCCCGGACAGCCCUUCUGCUGGGACGGCGACCCACCUGCCCGCCCACAGCCGUCCUCCUGCUGAUGGAAGCCAUCACCGUGCUGCGGGCAGCCGGGAGAGAGGCGAGAGGUCUCUGGCUUCUGCCAACAGCCCUGCAGCUGGCGAGAGGACGCCCCCGGUUUCGGCAGCCAUCAGCACCGACUCGGCUGAGAGGACGCUGGGCGGGCACCGCGGGGCCUGGGACAUGGCGGGGUUUGACAAUGCGACGAGGAUGGUGCUGCUGCCUUCAUCUGCGGACACUCGUCGCCCAGGCACAGGUGGCCACUCUCAACCGGCGAGCGGCUGGGUGGGCACGGAGCUGCCUGGUAGGCCUCCUGCGGGCACUGCAACCACUUCACUUGGCCCCUCAGGGAGCAGCAGGGGGACGCUGUGGCCUCUCCCCAGCACCCCGCUCCCUGGCUCUCCAGGACAGCCCCAGUCCUCCCCCCGAGCCUCCAGUACCCAGACCAGUGCAAACCACAUCAUGCUACAUCCCAGGGAUGUCACGGGGGACUCCACAAGCCCUCCGCUCACAGCAUCGCCUGCCAUGGACAAUACUUUUGGAGCCAUUGGAAGCAGCUACCAGCCAUCCAACGUCUCAGCCGUGGAGAGGAGAGUUUCGGAUUUCCCCACCACCGGCACCUCCAUUUCCACAACAGCCACCAAGGGUGGAGGGAGGACGUUAAGGUCUCUGCCAGCCAGCACCCGGCUGGCCCAAACAACAGAUAGUUCCACCUCUGGUACCAAAAUCACCAGUUCCUCAGACCAGACCCGGUCCCCUGGGAUGUCUUUGGGAGCCCAGGGUGGUGGUGGCAGAGAUGCCACGGACCCCUUGCUCACGAGCUCGCCCUCUGCUUCGGAAAGCCCUUCCACGGCCUUUACCAGCACUUACGAACCCAAGAGCAUCCCAGCUGCAGAAGAGGCGACGCUGCACUCGGACGCCCGUGGUUCUGACAUGCCCAGCGUGGCAGCGGGGGCAGCGGAGUCCCCCGCAAACGGCCGCACAGCCAGGGUGACAACGGGCUCCGCCACCAGCACUGACCCCACCAGCUCUUUAGGGGGGACCUUCUCCUCCUCGGGGGUGGGGACACACUGUCCUAACGGCUCUCGGGAAGCCACCGAUCUCCCAGCGCCUCCCGGGGAGCCUUUGCUCACAAGCUCCCUCUCUGCCUCCCAAAGUACUUUCAGAGGUGUCAGAAGCAGCCACCGACCAGUUAACAGCUCAACGACAGAGAAAAAAACCCUUGCUUCCUCUCCCACCAGCGCUUUCAUUUCAGCCACGGCCACCGGCAGCGGCGGGAGGCCCCCAAGGUCUGCCACAAGCAGCCGAUGGGCAGCAGAAGACUCCACAUCCAGUGGUGGCAUGUACAGGACCUUGGGCACGAUCCGAUCCUUGUCUGCGUCUUCUGUGAGAGACACCUACGGAGUUCGUGGGUCCAGAGAAAUCACAGAUUUCACCGAGCGUGUGGCAGACCCUUCGCUAACAGGCUCUCACUCUCCUUCGGAAGGUCAUUCCCCAGCUACUGGAGACAGCCAUGUGUCAUUCAGCAUCCUCUCAACAGAGAGAAGAACCGAUUUCCCCACCACCAGCACCUCCGUUUCCACAACAGCCACCAAGGGUGGAGGGAGGACAUUAAGGUCUCUGUCAGCCAGCACCAGACUGGCCCAAACAACAGAGAUUUCCACCACUGGUACCGAAACCAUCAGCUCUCCAGACCAGACCCGUUCCUCUUUGGGAGCCCAGGGCGGUGGUGGCAGAGGUGCCACCGUGUCAUCCACAGACCCCUUCCUCGUGAGCUUGCCGUCUGCUUCGGAAAGCGCUUCCCCAGCAGAAGGGACCUCAGCUAUGGGAGGACGCCUACCCAGUGCUCCUCUCACCAGUAUGCCCAGCUCAGUGACAGCCGCCAGUGGUGGGGAGAGGAGCACAGAGCCCGUGUCAGACACCCACACAGCAUCCAGUGUGGCAGGGAGCUCCGCUCCUGCUCCGCUCCGCACCAGCUCCUUGGAUGUGGUCCUUCUGCCAUCCUCAUCAGCAACAGAGCCUGGGAGGCAGGGUGAUGUUUGGCAGAGCGAUGCUGGACUCAGUGAGCUUCCAACGAAGGCUCUGCCUGCAUUUCCUCCCGGCGUUUCAGUGCCUUCGCCUUCAGCAAGUGCUUCAGAGAGAGGAAGAAGAGAUUCUGGUGCUCCUACUGAGACGACAUACAUCUCAACCCCACUCUCCAGCCGUGGGGACAGGACAUCUCAGCCUGCAGCUAACCGUGGCACAUGGAGCACAGCAGCAGCAAGGCCCACAUCUCACCCGGACUCAGCCGGGGAGCCCCACACCAGCCCCCUCCCGUCCUCCACAGAAUGGCCUGGAGUGGGACACGUCUCAUCUGUCCAAGCAGGGUACACAGAGCCCAAGGUCACCCUUUCAUCCAGGGUCUCCACCUACUUCUCAGCCGCCGGAGAACCUUCCACUGUGGGCAGCAGCCAUCGCUCACUAAGCAGCUCAAGUGCUGAGGAAAGGCUGUCCAGCCCCAUCAUAGAUCCUGCACACAGUUCAUCCACGUCUGCUGGUGGUGGAGAUAGGACACUGCACUCGGUGACAGACGGGGCGCUGGCUGGUGGCACGGAGAGCUCUGUUUCUUACGCCGAAACCGCCAGCUCUCCAGGGCCGGCUCAGCCAACGUUGGUGGAACAGAGUGGGAUGGCCAACGCCUCGGACGGCAGCAUGGCCUUCACAGACUUUGCAACGGAGACGCUCUUCCCACAUUCUUCCAAGAUGCCCGCUUACUCUUUCCAAAAUGACCUCACAAGCUUUUCAAGUAGCCAUCAGCCAGUCAGUAGCAUUGAUGCUGAGAAACGGGCCUCAGUUUCUCACACAGAUGGCACAUACAUUUCAACAACAUAUACCAGAGGAGGAGAAAGGACACUCCUGUCUAUCUCGAAUAGCAGCACCUCUGCUGACUCCUCAGAAAGUUCCACCUUUUUUUCUGAGAUUUCCAACCCUUCUGAUUCAUCGAGGUCUUCUGUGGCACAGGACAGGAGGAACAACGUAUCCAGCGAUGGCAGUUUUGUCGAACCAUCUACAGAACCAUUGCUGGUACACUCGUCCAAACUGUUGACUUCUGCUUCUGCAGGCAGCGUACAAAAUACAACUCUCUUCAACACUGACUCUCAGUUGUUGACCACUGGCAGAUCAUCUGUGUCUUCAUCAGCAUUUCCAGCCUCUUCCUCAGUGUCACCGCUGCAUCACUCCCUGUCAUCAACACCACCGCCAACUUAUUUGUUUACCUCAUCAGAGUCAUCUGAACCACUUUCGUCCUCUGUGAUGGCAUCUUCACCCCCUCUGCAGGCUUUGUCGUCCUCAUUGCCCACUUCCUCAUUGCUUUCCCCAUCUUAUUCGUUAGCUUCUUUAUUGCCUCUGUUUUCGUCACCAUCAUCCAUCUCGCAGUCCAAUGAUAGUGGUCAAGCAAGCACCUCUGUAGCUACAACUGUGGCCAGGCGGGUGCCCUCCACAGCUGCCGUGGCUGGGACCUCACCCAGAGGGACCAACAAACACAACGUCACGCACCAACCCCAAAACAGCACCACCUUCACCCCCACCGGCUCUUCUCCUCUUCUCACGGCGCCCAUGGAGCAGCUUGGUGGACGCAUCAUGUCUGUGUCCAUUCCUGUGACGGUAAUGGAGACCACCUCGCCGAGAGCCACCACCGCCCAGGGAGGCAGCUUCGGGAAGGCAACAUUGCUGCCCACCAUGACUCAUGAUGCCCCACGGGCUGGGCCAACGGAUGCACCCCUUAGUCCCUCACCAAGUGCAACAAACCACAGCGCCAUCAUCCCUGCGGUGGCACUGACAACGGUGAAACCUCCUGUGCUGACAACACCAGCCAGUCGCCAGCCAACCCCAGGUGAUGCUAGCACCACGAAAGCCCACAGAGCUCAAACGCCUGCUGCCACUAAGCUUGUGUAUACCACUGGUGAAAGCACAGAAGCUGUGGAUCCCACCACUGCCAGGCCUGGUAAAGUCACCAAAGAAAACAUCCCUGUUACAAGUCCUUCUGAAGCCCCUCCAACCAGCAAGACCACUGUGAGCAUUGCAACUACUUUGGCUGCUACCAAACCAACCACUGUUCCCCUAUCAAGUAGCACGACUGGGCUGAGGACAUCGUCUCCGGCAACAGAUGUGGAUAAAUGUCUCUCCAACCCUUGUCCUGCGCUGGCCACCUGCAACAACACCCGUGGCUCCUAUAUCUGUCAGUGUCCUCUUGGAUAUGAGCUAGAAAAAGGAAAGUGCAAUUUAGUAAGAAUAUUUAUUGGCCAGGUCCCCCUGAAGCUUAAUAUUACCCAUGGGAAGUAUGCAGAGCUCCUACAUGUUGAGGAUGAAAUCCUGUCGAUGCUUGAUGCAUCGCUGUCGGGCUUACCAGGGUACCACCACUCCACAGUUAAGGCGACCAGGGAGGCAAAUUUUGUGCAUGUUUCAGUGCAAUCCACGUUCUCUUUAGCAUCCAACGUGACUUUCUAUGACGUUGUCAGCAGCGUGAAAAGCUACAUUCGAGCUUGCAAAUCCCCCACCGAAGCCUGCCAGUUCAUCUCCAGCCUGAAACCUCUCCACAGAGUCGGCAGCUUGUGCAAGCAGAAAGACCCCGAAUGCGACAAGGAAACUUCUGAAUGCACCGACUUCGAUGGGGUUGCGCUCUGCCAAUGCAAAAGCGGGUACUUCAAAUACAACAAGAUGGACCACUCCUGCAGAGCCUGUGAAGAUGGAUAUAAGCUGGAAAAUGAUACCUGUGUGAGCUGCCCAUUUGGCUUAGGUGGAUUCAACUGUGGAAACCCGUAUCAGCUCAUCACUGUGGUGAUCGCGGCUGCAGGAGGGGGACUUCUGCUUAUCAUGGGCAUAGCACUGAUUGUCACCUGCUGCCGGAAGAAUAAAAAUGACAUAAGUAAACUAAUUUUCAAGAGUGGAGAUUUCCAGAUGUCACCAUAUGCUGAAUAUCCGAAGAACCCCCGGGGACAGGAGUGGGGCAGAGAGACCAUCGAGAUGCAAGAGAACGGAAGCACCAAGAACCUGUUGCAGAUGACAGAUGUGUAUUAUUCGCCAACUGGACUGAGAAAUCCUGAACUGGAAAGAAACGGACUUUAUCCUCCCUACACUGGUUUGCCUGGAUCUCGACAUUCAUGCAUCUACCCUGGACAGUACAAUCCAUCCUUCAUUAGUGACGAAACCAGAAGAAGAGACUAUUUUUAGCAGGGAGUGGAGAGGGAGUGGAAGAUUGACACAGUUUUGUGGCCUUUGAUCCCCAGGUACAGUCUGUCUCCUGGGCAGUUCAGCCCACAUCAAUCUUACUCUUCCCAUUUAACAGGAAGGACUUUGAACUCCAUGCCGAGCGUUGCUGCCCUGAGGAACGGUUAUACUUGCUGAGCAGCAGAGAGAAGAAGGACGAGGAUGGAAUGGCUCCAGGUGCACAUCACUAAAAGACUCAGAUGGAAGCUAACACAUACACUCUGAAUUUGUUCUGUGCUGCUUCUUCACUCUUUACGCUAGAUGGCAAGCAUGGAUCAGUACAGGCAGAUGAACUAUGCCCACCACUCUGCAUUGAAUACCACUAGGGAGUGUUUUGUUUACAGAUCUUGUUCACUGUUGACUAUGCUUGUCUUCUUAGACAACCUUCAUGCAAAGAUUCACUGUGCAACUCCUAUUGGUAGGGCAAGUUUGUCCACUCCCUUUUCCAUCGCUGCAUUGCUUUCUGCUUCAUCCAUGACAGGGAAGCUGGCUGAUCCUCUAGACCUCACCUUCUUAGUGGUAGAAGUUCUGCUGAUGGCUGGGUCUUCGCUGAAGUCUGGUGCCUGGAAAUGUUGGCUGAAUUCAUGGGUAGAUUGUGUCUCCAAGGAGUACAGGAAAGUUAGUCUUACCACUGCAAUUCUAACUGAAAAAAAGACACAGUUGGUCCUGCACACUGCUUUGAAAACUUCCUCUAUAUAGGGAAGAGUCUGAGCAUCUUGGUGUUUUGUCAGCCAGCAUUGUUCAGAAGUGAUGCCACUACACAUCAUCAUAGUGUUUCCGUAUAGGAUCUUAUGGGGCUCUGCUUCCCUGCAGGGAUUUCAAUGCCUGCAGAAACAGCAAUAUAAUGUUAAAUACUUGCUCACGGGGAAGAAAAACAUAAGCUGGGAAUUCAGCACGCUCCUUACAAGGAAUCUGGGAAGAUGCAAUAAUGCUAUACCCCUCGUCGGGCGGGUGGAAGGUGAAUUCUGGGCACUGCAGAUGAGACACAGUUUUCAGGCCUCCACAGCCCGCCUUGACUUCAGUAGGAGCUGUGGAGGCUUUCAGUACAUUGGAAAAUAAGGCUUACUGCAGUCAGUUGCAUUUAAGGCAGAGAAAAACAUGACGCUUUGAAUUCUAGCAGAACAAAGAUCACUGAUGUUGAAGUGUUUUGCUUUCUUCCGUCCUAGUUUCGAGUGAUUCAGACGAGGCAGGCUUCCUCACCUAGGUGUGUUAAUUCAUAUUAAUCACCUUUGCAAAAACUGGAGAAUGUAAGUUAUUACAUUUCUCACCAAAGAUCAGGUUGAAAACCAUAUUCUCACUUGAGAAGGGUGUUGAAAGAGAUCUUAUUAAUGAAGUAUAUUUACCCCUUAACUUUACUGCAGUGUUAACCUGAGUCAUCCAAACCUUGACCGGAUACAGGAUACAGAUGCGGAUCCUUCCCCUGAAUGUGACUUUGCUUUUAAUUCAAGGUGAUUGCUUGUAUGAAGACAUCAAAUAGCACAAUUCUUUAGCCAUUAACCCACCAUCUCCCUGGUGCAUACAGAAGCUAAUUUCACUGAAGUUCACAUACCCUCUGAUACUCCCCUCUACCCCCGCAGUGUUCAACUACAAGUAAGUUCAUAAGGUAGCUCAGCUCACUGAAGCUGUAAGGACCAUGGGAUGUGUCCCCCAGAGUGCCUAACCCCAAGUGAGAAUGGCAGUUCAGAUGCUGAUGUGUUGUGUAGUUGCUCACCAGGGGCAAACCUGGGGUGAUGAGGAGCCCUCUGUCACGGAGCAGGUACUAGUACCUGCGUCCUAUAGAUGCUGUGAGCCCCCAGACCCUUUCCCAGCACUUUGAAGGCUGGUUGUAUUCCCUAUCAGAAGUGAGCAACCGCAACCCAGAGGAAGGGCAGCUAGCACUAGACAGUCAUCAGGUGCAUGGGCUUAGCAAAUUGCGAAUUGCAAAGGAUUUGAGUGAAAAUGAGCUAAGACCAUUCCUAAUUGAAAUCACUAAUUGCUAAUUGAAAUUUGCAAAAGUUUGCAAAUAAUUAAUGAUGUUCAAAUUCUUCUUAAUGCUGCAUCUGGAGUGAAAGGGUCUCAGUAAACCCAGCAGGAUUUUCUGACCGAGGACUUCAAAACUUGGCUUUUUCCAAAAGAGACAACUUUAUUGCACUGAAAUUUUCCCUCUGCCAGAGCAGGUAGAUAUUGGGAAAUUUUGUAUGAGAAUGUAUCUAUUGUAGCCUGACCUUCCUUUUAGCUUUGGUAAGAAAUGAGUCACGGAGCCAACACAUAGUCCACAGGAGGAGGAAAAGGGUCUCUCCUGACCUGCAGCACCUUCUCUGGGUGUCCCAGGAGGCCCGGCUCAGCGGCCAGCGGAGGAUUUAGGAAGGCGUCAGCACUGGGUGUGUGCAGGCGCUUUCCUGUGCAGUGCUCCAGGAAGUCUUUGCGGAGCUGGCAGAUACAGCCCCAGGUGAUUCAGUCCCCAGGUCUCCACCAGCCCGGCCGCUCCCUGUGCUGCGAUGCUUCCAUCUUCACCCGUGCCAGCCAGCUCCCAGCUCCACAAGGGCAGAAGGCGUGGGUGCCAGACAGUGUGUUUUGACAGUUUAUGACAGUUAUUUUACUGCAGCUUUUUACAACCACAUCCCAGCAGCAAUGGGCAACAGGCAUGUGACCUGUUUCAGUGCAGCUCGCUUCCGUUAAAGCUGCCACCGGCAUCGUCUUUGGCUGUUUCCAUCUCUGCCAUAAACCAAGCACCCCCUGCCAGUGGAGUGGGGUUUGUUGCUCCUGUCAGAUGGGAGAAGGGUCUUCACAUGCCCUCACGCCCACUUUCAAAUACAGAUUCCUCCCUGCUCAGCACCUAACUCCCUGUAGGACAUCUAAAUAAACGCAGCUGAUUUCUCAGACUACUUAGAUUACUUUUAGCUACUCCAAAUUGCAAAUUUUUGAGCACACUGGAUGUUUUUGCCAAGGGAAUUGCUCCCCGCUAUCCAAGAAGAUAAGAUAGAAGUGGCAUGUUUCUUGUAAGGAGGAUGCAAGUGAUUCAGCCAGAUGUGGGGAAAGGAAGAAAAACUACGCCAACACUGCACAGAAAUCUGUUCUUGCUCCUGGCUGCUGUGGAAAGCUAAGGCAGCACUCAGCAAGGGCCCAUGGGCAGUUGUGUGGGUGUGGUUUUGAUUAAGUUUGGAAAAAAUGCUAAUUAUGUUGCUUGACAGGAAAAGAUGUGAGAGACACGCAUUUGCUGCUGUGGUGCUCUGCCAGUUGCGCUGACAAAAGCCUCUCACCCACAGAAAUACCCCCAGCACUCAGCCUAGGAAAGGCAGCCCCCGUGAACAGAGCAGCAAUGCCCGGAUUUGAGGGAUCAUUCAAAAGGGAGGCUUGUAUGCUUAGCCUUCCUGUGUCCCUGCCAUGCACCGCUGCCCGCCCGGGCCAGCCCUCCCAGCUGCCCUGGAAGAAUCAGGGGCCUUUUGCAUGCUAUUGAAACCUCACAGCACUGAAUUGGGCUAUAUGAGGAAAAAGCAGGACAGGAGCAUUUUGUGGCACUUUGCCCUCCACAUUUAAAGCAUUAGGUAAUACAGCAACAAUGAAUCUUGUUGCUGUUGUGGCAUUUCCUGCAAGUCCCACUGUCAUGGUCAUGUCCUGAGUCACCCCUUGUGACCGGCCUUUUAAGAGGUAUUUGCCUCCACACUGAGCAGUAGUAAAAGGCUUUAAAAAUAGCAAUGAAUUGCAGUCACAGAGAGGUGUUUGUCAUCUUGUGGAAUUGUUUAUGCCAAUACACAUAAACAUUGCUUGCCGGGACCUGAGUGAGCAGCAGAGCGGGUUUGGACAUUGCUGCAGACAUGCCAAGUGCUUCCCCAGGGCUUGUCUCUGAUGCUGGUCAAUGGCCAUAUCCGUUCCAAAUCCAGCUGGACGUCUCAUUUUCUCAUAGCGAUGUUUAAUCUUUAGUUUUCUUCCUUAAAUUAACAAGAACGGAUGCAUUUUACUUAAAUGCUCUUCCUAUGCUGACUAAUGUUUUUUCCUCUUUACACACAAAGGAUCUAACCGAGCAUCCAUUAUAGUGACUGGGGUAACUCUCCCAUGGACUGUAAUAAAGUUUUUUUUAGGCCUGAAGUAUUCCACCACCAGGGUCACCUGUGUGUAGUAAAUGCUUUCCUGUGGCUCUGUAUUCUGCCUAUCUCUGUGAGACUGUUGCUGCCUUUCCAGUUGUAUUUAUUUUUUUAAAGUAUACUUACUACUGUAGCAGAACCUGUAUUAUGUGAGAUUGAACAAAACAGGUUCAAGAUCUGAAACACCUUCCUGAGAAGAGAGUGAACGUGAAUUUAGUGUAGUUGUAUUACUGAUCAGCCAGCCUGUGUCCUAUCGUGUAAGAUCUUCUAGGGACAUAGAGGUGCUUCCUGCAGUCACAGAUAAGAACUCUUCUGUUCACUCUUACUUGUCCCUUCAGAAAUGAAGGAAGAUCUCCCAGUUUCCAAAGGAGCAUGAGCUGUGUGUUUUGAAGAUUUUGGGAGCCUUGCAAUGUGUAUUUAAUUCUUUGUUCCCUUGAACUGCUGAAAUUGAAAAGCAGGACAGAAAUCCAUGAAGGGGUAAGAAAUAACAUAACGAACAAAAAAAGAAAGGAAUAUGCUUACAUGUUUUGGAGAAGUAAAUGUCUAAAGCGAAUGUGGCUUCUGUACUGUAGGGUCAUAUGUGGGAUGACACCUUUCCUGUGUCUAGUUUGUGUUGCAUGUGCAUAAUAUCCUUCUUGAGGGAAAACCUAGAAAGGGUGCCUGGUGGUCCUCAGAAGUAGCAUGUAAAUGCUAAGUUCCCUGUUCUUUGUUUUGGCAAAAUGCUAGAAGGGAUGGGAGUCUUGCUUGAGUUAAUGACUGCAGCAGGCAUCCCCCACAUCUGCAAAAUCCUAUGUGUAAAAGCCCUGUGGAAUACAGUAAAAACUGAUCACUUCUCUUGAACAAUGCCAUAGAAUUCGCCUGACAUAAAAGGUCUCCAAUGAAAUCUGCUAGGAUAGGUUUACUUUAAAGAAGAAAACCCUAACUAAUAUUUAAUAGUUUCCUUCUUUAAAGGAAAUUGUGUUAAACUCAGUCAUUUGUUUUAAGCCGUGUUAAAUUCUACAAGACUUUCUCUCAACGGAAGGUCGAACUUGGCGUGUAAAAUCAUAAUGGUUUAUUUGAGCAGCUUUCAGAAUUGCAGUAAUAAAGCUUACCUUUCGUGAGCUCUGUUUCAACAGGUAAAUUUUCAGCAUUUGUUUGUGCUUCUUUUAUCAACCUGAAUGUAAACCUGCUUUAUGUUCUUGACAUUGCCCUCUUUCCUUCCCUGUAUCUCUGAAUGUUUGCUUCCACGUUGCUGGGGUUCUAAGGACAUUUUCGAAACCAGUAUUAUUUAAAGUUGUAUCAUAUUUUCAGCCUCCACUAAUUAUACAGUACUGUAGUAGCAAAAUAUAAUUUUUAAGGAUUGGAUUAUUUUUAUACCUGCAUCCAAUAUUAUUAAAUCUGGCGUUCUAGUCAGUAUUAUAAAAGGAUACAAUAAA